AUGGCAGCACCUAAUGCCCGACCAAGACGUAUUCAUCACGAAGUCAUGCACUUCAAAAAUAUUGGAUUAACAAGCGAUUCACCGUGCAAAUUUGGAUACGAAAAGUCAACUCUGGAUAUACUCGAAGAAAAGGAUGAGUCGCUCAAAUCUUCCGACACGUGCAUAAUGACUGGCCUGAUCUAUCCUAAAUCGGAUAUCUAUAAAACAGGAGCCCUCCGUGUAGAAUUUGAAUUGCACCCAACUUAUCCAAUGAAAGCACCGAAAGUCUAUAUAAGAACAAAAAUCUAUCAUCCCAAUGUGUGUGAAAACGGCGAGAUCUGCACUAGUCUGUUAUCGCCUACUUCAACAGUGUACCAAGCCGUAAUACCUUUAUAUGCAAUUUUAGAAGAAGUAUCCAAAGUUAUCGAUGAACCCAGCAGUGAUCUCUUCCAGCAUACUGAGGCAGCUGCUGCGUGGUUGUACAACCGAGAAGAAUACAUUAAAACCGCAACAGAAUUAUAUCAAAAGAAUUUUAUUCCUCGUUGA